UUGAAAGUUUAUUAUUGGACUGCCAAAUAGUUUAAAUCACUUUAUUUUUUGUUGUAAAUUUUAAAAUCAGUUGUUUCAAUAUACCAUUAAAUCACCAAAACAUAUAUAAAUUGUUACUUCAUAUAUUAAAUGGUUAACAAAUUAUAAUUUUUAAUCGCAAUAAACGUUGGGUGUUUUAAUUUAGAUAUAUAGAUCAGAUAUAAUAAAUAUAUAAUCUGAUCUGGCAAAAUUUUAAUAAAACGUUAAUUUUCGCGCAGUAGUUAUUGCACGUGGAGAUGACCUGUAAAAAUGUGCCUAGAAAGUGUUGUUAAUUAUCGAUGUAACAAUAUUCAAUAAAAUCAGGAGCAUAUCUCACUAUUUACAUAUUAUUACGUGAAGAUCCAGAAGUUAAUUUUCUCUAAACAAAAGUACAAGUUAUUUUAAAAUGGUUGUUCCUAAAGUCGGCUUCCCAGAGGAUGAUUUUGGAAAACGUUUAGAUCGAUGUUGCACUGAUGUGUUAAUAAAGGGAUCAACUGGUUUAUGUAUGGGUGUCACUUUUUCACUUCUGAUGCUGAAAAGAAAAACUUGGCCUCUAUUGAUUGGAUCGGGAUUUGGUGUCGGCGUAGCUUUUAAGACAUGCGAAAAGCAUUUAAAUGUGUAAGAAGUGUAUAUAAUUAACUUGUUUGAAAGAAAAAAUAAUAAACUUUUGAUUAAUGAAAAUAAAA